UCAUCAGUAAGGAUAAUCAUGUGACCGUCCAUUGGGUGAAGCCGAGGGUGGUGCAGAAGAUGGAAGUAGCCGUCGCCACAAAACUCAAGGCGACGUCGUUUCAUUUGGACGGGGGGCAACAAGCAGACUCGGCUGUAGCCGACAAUAGGACCACACAUAAAGGGGUCCCCCGUUCCCCGUUCUUUACACUCCUAGUUGGUGGAUCGAACCCCAUGCCAGAAAUUGCCAAAAACCUCACGGACGGCGAUCGAUUUUCUACCUGUGUCAACACGGAAGAAGCAAGAGACCUGACUUUGACUUUCUCAGCGCUCACUCUCCUUGAGCGUAUCAUGAUUUAUACACCAGGAAGCUCAGAGUGGAAAGCUGAAGUGAUGUGCUACGAUGUCUGCGAAACGUUAGUUAUGACGACUGCGCUUUCCAGCGGUGUGAGUAGAGUUUACCAGGUCAAUGUGAAUACGAACGUGAAGAAAGUCCACAUAAAAAUACUGUCGGGAACACUCAAUAUGUGCGAACUGCAAGCAUAUGCAGAUCCCGAGGGUCCGUUAGAAGAUCAAAUCAUGGCGUCUCAAGCACCAGACGCACAAAGCAGUGGAGCCUUCAUGCUUCUGCUGACCACACUGCUGGUCGCAAGUUGUGUCGUCUGCAGUGGCAUGUUUUUGCUGAGGAAGAGGAGCAACGAAACUCUGGACAACGCGGAAGAGUAGGAAAUUUUUCUACCAUUUUCCACGAGGGACAGGAAAUAACAUCACUUUGAAAAAGACCAGGAUUACAUUUCUCUAAAUUGAUUUAAAUUUAUUGUAU